AUGUACGACGUGCUGCGGGCCCAGCCGCUGGCACGCGCGGACCUCCCGGCGCCGGGCACCACGGAAUGGCGGGCAUUUCUUCGUGAUCUCGUGCACGAUGCGCUGGCGAUCCUGCGCAUGAACAACACGUCCACGCGCUGGGGCUCGCUGAAGGGCUCCGUGUCGCUCGCGUCGAUCCCGUCGAUUGAGCCCAAAGGCACGCGGUUGCGGGGCGCGCACUGGCACUCGCGCUCGUCGCUGCAUUUCCCCAAGGACACGGGCCUGCCGUUUGAGGUGUUUGAGGACGGGCUGCUUAAGGACCACACGCCGAACGAGCAGGCGUACAUCCACGCGAUGGAGCACGCCGAGUGCCUCGAGGAGCUUGUGCCGGGCCUCGCGGCCAUCUGGCACAUGCGCUACCAGACGCCCUGGGGCACGGCCAACCGCGACUUUGUGGAGCUGGUGCUGACGCUCCCCCUCCUGCCGCACGAGCUGCCCUACAGCCACUUCCACGAGCUCGCGAUGCUCGAGGCGCUCGACAGCGGAGCGUGGCCCUCGACGCCCGAUGUGCCGCGCGCCGAGCCGCCCGCACUGCGCUCAUUCAUGGUCGUGAGCGUGCCCAUCGAGCAUGCGCCGACGCCCGGCUACGUGCGUGCGUACUACGCGGCCGUCGAGGGCGUCCGAGAAGACCUGCUCGGCACGCGACUCGGCGAGGUCGGCGUGCAGUGGCUCAUGUCCACACAGACGGACGCGCAGGGCUGGAUCCCCCAGUGGGUGCAGGAAUGGGCGAUGCCCUCGCAGAUUGCCGUGGAUGUACCGAGCUUCCUGGCGUGGGUGCGCGCGAAGCGCGCGUAG